AUGAGUGGGGGUCUCGAGCAGACUGACAUCCUGUCUGUGGCUGUCCUGGUCAAGGAGCGAUGGAAAGUGCUGAAAAAAAUUGGUGGUGGUGGUUUUGGGGAGAUCUACGAGGCGCUGGACCUGCAGAAUCGGAACAGUGUGGCUCUCAAGGUGGAGUCAGCCCAGCAGCCCAAGCAGGUGCUGAAGAUGGAGGUCGCUGUGCUGAAGAAACUGCAAGGUAAGGACCACGUGUGCCGUUUUUUUGGAUGUGGCCGCAAUGAUCGUUUCAACUAUGUGGUGAUGGAGCUUCAGGGUCGAAAUCUGGCGGAUCUUCGACGGAGCAUGAAUCGGGGAACAUUUACAGUCAGCACAACACUAAGACUGGGCCGGCAGAUACUGGAAGCCAUUGAAAGCAUCCACUCCGUGGGCUUCCUCCAUCGUGACAUAAAACCAUCUAACUUUGCAAUGGGGCGAUUCCCCAGUACAUGCCGGACCUGCUAUAUGCUGGACUUUGGCUUGGCGCGGCAGUUCACCAACUCCUGCCAGGAGGUCAGACCACCUCGCCCGGUGGCAGGGUUUCGAGGCACUGUGCGAUACGCUUCAAUCAAUGCUCACAAAAACAAGGAGAUGGGUCGCCAUGAUGACCUCUGGUCUUUGUUCUACAUGUUGGUGGAGUUCAUGGUGGGCCAACUUCCCUGGAGAAAAAUCAAGGAUAAGGAACAAGUGGGAAAGCUCAAAGAGACAUAUGACCACCGUCUCAUGCUGAAACCCUUACCACCUGGGUUUAGUGUUUUCUUAGACCAUAUCAGUAACCUGGACUACUUUACCAAACCUGAUUAUCAGCUGCUGAUGAGUGUUUUUGAGAGCAGUAUGAGGACCUAUAACGUAGUUGAGAAUGAUCCGUAUGACUGGGAAAGGACAGGCCAAGAUGACUCACUGAUAAUCAGUGCUACGGUGUCCACUCCGCAGCACCACACUCGCCUCACCCCAGCUCACAUGGGCAUGGCAAAUGCUUCCCUGGUGCCUGGAGACCUUCUGAGGGAGAACACUGAUGAGGUUCUGCAGGAUGAGCAGCUCAGCGAUGGGGACAACAAUGGCCCACCUGACCGCGUGCCUGGAUCCCCCAUCCUCCCCCUGCGGAACCAGGAGGCAGAUGUUUGGGAGGAUUUGGAUCGCAAUCGAAACCGGAUCCCUCCUGCUGCCUGGAAGGCUGGCCAAGAAGAGGAACACAGUCCAAACCAAGGGAACCAGAGUCCUUAUACUGGGCCCAGUCUUGGCUCUCCUGUUCGGGUCCGUCCUGAAAUGGUGCCGUCAGACCGUGAUGCUCCACUCCUGAGAAGACUCCUUCACAUCCACAGCUCUGAGCUGGAGAAGAGGCAAACACUGGAGGCCAAACCCAAAAUGGAACGCUUCCUAGAGGCCUGCUCUGGGAAGCAGGCAGCUGGUUCUGCUCGGGAUAAGGAGAAUGAUACUGGGCCAGGCCUGGCCAAUGCUGAUGCUGUCCGAGGUGAUCGGGUGUGGCACUGCUAUGAGGAGUUUAUGUCUGGGGGUGGCUCACCCAAACCUGGCUCCCCCGGCUCACCAGAGCAGGGUGAAGGUGCAGCCAGCAGUGGAUUUGUGGCACUGAACCUGAGCUCAGGACAACAGGAUGUGGACUCACGCGAGUGGGUAAUCGUUGAGCGGGGCUCUGACACGCAGGACGUCAGAGAGGGAGCUGCCAGCUCCCCAGGAGGUGAGCCCAAGUUAACAAAUAGCCCCUCAGAGGAGGGAGAAGAGGAACCCGAGGUCCUACAGCCAAUGGAAGAGUCUCCCGACCAAGAGAGAACAGCCCUUCACCCCAUCCAAACUGAUGGAGGUGCAGCUACACCUCGGGCACCCUCUGUGGAAACCCUGAGAAUUGAAAGACUGGAGCUAAGCGUUGGGCCUCUGGGAGGCUUGCCUGCUGUUACCCCCACCAGUCCUGCUGAGGCGUUAGCAGAGGGAGCACUCACACAGUUCCCAACAUCUCCUCCGUCCCUGCCCGAAGAGGUUGUAGUUCGGAUGGGCAGCCCCCUGCUGCUGCGUUCCCCCAGCCCGCACACCCUCUUGACCACCCUGUCGGAUCCCCUGCACCAGCGUGCCCCUCCUGGAAUGAGGCGGAGCCAGUCCGCAGACCACCACCACCCUUCCUCCAACUCCUCCUCCUCCUGCCACGCCUCACUGCCAGCGCCCCCUGUGCCCCGCACCCGUUCACCCGGGCAAAGGAAACUUCCCGCCAUCCCGGCAGGUGCUGCCAAUGCCAAGUUCCCCUCUGUCAUACGCAUCACUCGUGCCCAGCUCCAGCAGUUGACAGCACAGCGUCCGUCUGUCCUGUCCUCCCAGUCAGCCUCUGAAAUUGUGCCACAGUGCCUCCUGUUGGAGAGGCAUGACACUGAGGCUCAACCACAGGAUAACACAGCUGACAUCAACUCCCCCCAGGAGCACCUUCCCUCUCAGCCUCCCAGACCCUCCAGUUCUGGGGGAGAGCCUCUGCUAAAUGGGGAUGUCCCGCUAAAGUCCUCUAGCCCAGUGCCAAGUCUGGUCUCAUCUCCACAUUCUGCAUGCUCUCCCCACUCGCCAGUCCUGAUGAAUGGUCAUCUGUCUCCCGCUGCAGACUCUCAGGAAGACCCUGCCGGACGCUUCUCUGAGCUAAAAGAUCCAGAAAGCAGCUCCGGUCAUCCCAAUCCCUCCGCUGAACCUAAUCAGCAGCACCCUGUGGAAGGCAGAGGAGAUGAUUCCCCAGCUGAGAGCAAUGGACCUGUUCCAUCCUCUCCAGUCCCGGCCCCUCGUCGAGACCCUAGCCGUCGGCAAAGCCGAAUUCCCGUCCUGGAGCCCUCCAGCCUUCUAGACCCUCCAGCACCUGGUACAGCAAAAGAGAAACUGCUGCAGAAGAAAGCGCACAUCCCACACCUCUCCCCUUCCGCCUCUCCGUCCCUCUCCUCAGACAGGCGUGCAGUGGUAGUGGCGCUCUCUCGGGACCAGCAGUCCUCUGCCUCCUCUGACCGUUCUCAGGACGACGAGUCGUUCUUGGGCUCCCGCUCAGAUCGUCAAGCUGACGACGCCCCAUCCCUCUCCUCAUCCUCUAGCCCUCUGUCACGGAAGAGUAAGAUCCCACGUCCCAUUAACCCCACCCCUGUCCCAGACUCUGUCCCCGCCCAGUUCCUCCCCAGGCCUCCGCCAGGUAAACCUCCCAGCCGCUCGUCUGUGGACGGCAGACUUCGACGUUAUCGGAUCCGUACAGGUAGCCCUAGUGACUCAGACCUGCUGACGUGCCUGGCCCAGCUAAUGCAGGGCGGCUCAGCCCGCGGUUCCCCUCAGCAUGGCAGCUUCUCCCCGCAGCAGUUGGGCUCCAGAGUGGUGUGUGUCAGCGCCUCCAAUACAAUCCACCAUCACCACCACCGUAGCUCCAGCGCUUCCCCCCGUAGCUCCUCUUCCCUGCAGCACUCUGUCAGCUCAUCCCCGUCACGUCAUGAGCACCGAGUGGGUGUCGGGGGCUGCUUCAGCCGCAGCCGCUCUCCUCCCAGCUUUUCGGGAUCGCCCCCCCUGCGCCGCCCUCACCCACACGCACAGGACUGCUGUGGCCGGCAAGCUCGCAGUGGCCCGUUUCACUUGACUCGUGGCAAAGCCUCCAGCCGCGAGGGCAAGUGCUCCAACAAGCUGAGCAGAUAGUUGCCUUGGUGAUGCAA